ACAAGACCGACCUGACUGAUACGCACGGUGUCGUCGUCGUCCUCCGACUGUGUGUCCCUCGAGUCGAGAGUUGCCUUUGUUCCUCCAUCCGCCAUCCACGCAGUGAGGUUCUCCGAUGGCGGAGCAGCCUCCAAGCUCCGCGCCGCAAGCCUAACAGCUGCGGGUUGUUGCAAGGCUGAGAAAUCAGAUUGUAAGGCGUCAAACCAAAUUGGAACCAGUGCAUAUCUUGGUCCUAAACAAAAAUCAGAAGAUGUCGGUAGUGGGACACGACUUGAUUCCUGUUUGGAAUUUGUAAGCAGCUUUCUGCAAAUGGAAUGCUGUGGAAAAAGUAGCAGCCCUGAGGAUGGUUCUGGUGGGACUGAAUCCUUCGACAAUCUGGUAAUUCAAGCUUCACAGCCGAUGAGGGAGGAUUACAUACAGAAUGCUGUUAAGUUUCUUUCACAUCCGAAGGUGAAGGGUUCUCCAGUAUUCCACAGGCGGUCUUUCCUUGAAAAGAAAGGCCUUACAAAUGAGGAAAUUGAUGAAGCCUUUCGUAGGGUUCCUGACCCUAAGCCAAAUGGAACUGAAACUGCAUCUGCUGGUUCGCAACAAGCAAACAACCACAACCAAUCUGUUGCACUGCAACCUUAUACAGAACCACAAGCUGCUACUGGCUCUAUCACUGCUGGAACUAUUGCCCCGCAUACGAAGGCACAAUUUAGCUGGCUCAACACACUCCUUGGUGCAGGUCUUUUUCUUGGUUUGGGGGCUAGUGCUGCCAUAACCCUCAAGAAAUGGUUCAUUCCUAGUCUAAAAUCUUGGACCCGUACAGUCGUUGCUGAAGAAGAUGAGAAUGCAAAGGAUGAACUCACUUGCAAACUCUAUGAAGAAAUUAGGAAAGCCAUAAAUGUUUCUGCAUCAGCCUAUUCUGAUAUAGCUAGAACAAACCAAGAAGUGCUUGCUUCAAAAGUUGAAGAUAGGAAGGUACUUAUGAAGUUAACAGAAGCAUUUGAGUCACAGGCAGAUGUGUUUAAGUCCUUGAACGAGACCUUAUUAAAUCAUAUCAGGGAGAAUCGGUUUUCACAAUACAACCUAUUGGAAGAGCAUGUUCAGCCUGCACCAUGGAAUGGGCUGAUUGACUAUCAAGGGAGAGCUUCUCAGCAAACUAAUAUUUAUCCAACACCACCAAACAGCAGUUUUGACCCAGGGAGGCAUUCAUUCAUGCCAUUGCCUGCAGAACCCACUUAUGGAUCAUAUUCUGGAUCUUACACUGAGCGUGGGCAGAGGCCAGGGUACGGAUUCCAGCCCCAGGUGAGCAAUGACCGACAGAACCUCGGUUUGCGGGGCAACUACCAAGGGGUUUCGUCGAAUCACCACGCCAGCAAUGCCAUUGAUGACCCCACCGCGGUUGCAGUGGAAUUCCAGCGCCGCUGGGCUCCCCCACAGCCCCCGGGCGUCAUCAUGCCAGAGGCCGCAGCCGCCAUCCGGCAGCCCAGAUCCGUUCCAAGGCAGCAGUCGCAGCCAGCCGAUGGUCACCCGAGUACCGAUGUUCCGAGACCAUCUGAGCACGCCGUGGCGACAACAGAGCAGAGGAACGGCACCCCUGGAGCACCCGGUGGAGAGUUGGCAGCUGAUGGCGGUACCGUGACAGCCAGCGCCAGCAGCAGCGGUGGGAGUGAAGAGCAGCAGCAGGAAGCCGCUUGAGGGAAUAUUUUGGUGACGCCCUUGCAUACCUCCAUUGCUGAAUGGUAUAUUUGGGUUUUUUGCUGCACCUAUUUGUGUUUAGCGUACAGUAGAUCUGAAAGUUUAUCCAUCUCAUGUAUAAAGUUGCAACUGUAUGUAGAUAUACCACUGCCACUGAUCAAGUUUACGUGUAUACACUGAAAAUAAUAAUUGGCUGUAUGUCUGAUCAGGAAAUGGAUUCGAGUGU